AUGAGUAAAAUUACGGUCGCCGGUGUGCGCACGAAUGUGCAAUCCCUCCUUGCUUACUCUCUUGAUGAGAAGAAGAGAAACUUCUUGGAGACCGUCGAACUUCAAAUCGGUCUUAAGAACUAUGAUCCUCAGCGUGACAAGCGUUUCUCAGGCACCAUUAAGCUGCCAUCUAUUCCACGACCAAAUAUGAGCAUCUGCGUCUUGGGUGACCAGCACGACAUUGACCGAGCCAAGCAUCACGGCGUGGACGCCAUGUCCUCAGAUGACUUGAAGAAGCUAAACAAGAACAAAAAGCUCAUCAAAAAACUGGCUCGGAAAUACGAUAGCUUCAUUUCCAGUGACACUCUGAUCAAACAGAUUCCUCGUCUCUUGGGCCCCGGUUUAUCCAAGGCUGGCAAAUUCCCCACCCCAAUCUCGCAUAACGAAGACCUGAACGCAAAGAUCACUGAGGUCAAGUCCACGAUCAAGUUUCAGUUGAAGAAGGUGCUCUGCUUGGGUGUCGCUGUUGGCAAUGUGGGCAUGACGGAGGACGAGCUGAUCUCGAACAUCAUGUUGGCUAUCAACUACUUGGUCAGUCUAUUGAAGAAGGGAUGGCAGAACGUGGGCAGCUUGACCAUUAAGGCGUCUAUGUCGCCGCCCAAGCGGUUGUACUAG